AUGGCCCCCGUACACGCUGCCAACGGGGUUAUCAGCCGCCAAUUAGUGGCCAGCGCCAGGGCAGCCGUGGUUGCUGCCGGUCCGCAGGUCGCUAAGCUCGCCACCCGCGACGUCUUGUCCAGUCGCGGCCUCAGUGUAUCUAGCGAUGCGCAAAAAGUCACCCUCGGCAUAAUUGCCGUCUAUGUCGUCGUGAUUGCAAUUCUAUGGAAUGUACCAUAUGUGCGAUGGAGUCUAUGGCCCUUCAAGAUGCUCGUCAUUGCAUUCCACGAGUUUGGACACGCCAUUACUGCAGUCUGCACUGGAGGUCGCGUAAAGUCAAUUUCGCUGGAUCCUCGUGAGGGAGGCGUCACCCACAUGGUAGGCGGCAAAAGCGCCAUCACGCUACCUGCCGGCUAUUUAGGCUCCUCCCUGAUUGGAGCUCUGCUCAUCUUUUGCGGCUUCGAUAUUGUCGCCAGCAAAGUCGCCAGUAUGGUCCUUGGCGUUUGUUUCCUGCUUACGCUGUGGUGGGGCAAGAGAGAUUGGUUGACGAUCUUGACCGUCCUGCUGGCGGUGGGCCUGAUUGUUGCUUGCUGGUUCAUCGUCCAUGCUGAGCCGCUGCGAUUUGUCGUCCUCUUUAUUGGUGUCAUGUCAUCACUCUACAGCGUCUGGGAUAUCUGCGAUGAUCUAAUCCUCCGCAAAGUCAACAGCUCCGACGCCAGCGUGUUUGCCCAGCGUUACGGCGGCUCUUCUCAGUGCUGGGGUGUCAUCUGGUCCAUCAUCUCAAUCCUUUUCAUGGUGGCCGGCAUCAUUGCUGGAAUUGCAGCAUUCCCAGAAUCGUUCGCCCAGCAGGAGGAGGAUUCUAAGAACUUCUUGCCUACACGUUAA